AUGCCGAGGCUCUUUGCAGUGGCUCUAAACCUGGCGCCAGACUUCUUCCUUAAGCGCGCGAGCCGCGCUCCUAUCUGGCCGGUGACGAUUGCCCACUAUCCCCCGCAAGAGAGCAAACCGGAGGGCGACCACUCGAGGAUUCAGCCACACUGGGAUCGCACCUUGUUCUCUUUGAUCACUACCAGCGAUGUCGGAGACGAAGAUUCUGAGGGCGGGUUGCAGAUCCUGGUGGAUUCUGCCACGGGCGAGGGCGUCGAUGGGCGCGCACAAGUCGAGGGCCGCGACGUGGAGUGGCAACAGGUGGUGCGGCCAAAGAACGGCUUCGUGGUCAAUGUUGGGGAGAUGAUGAGCCGCUGGUCGAAUGGACGUAUGAAACACGUGGUGCAUCGCGUGCCGAACCCAGUUCCCGGCCGAGACCAGGUUGGCAGGAUCAGCCUCAUGGCAUUCAUCCUCCCUGAUUAUGAUGCCACAGUUGAGUGCAUCCACUGUCAUGAGGAUGGGUCCGAGCCUCUCUACGAGAAGACCUGGGUCGGGGAGAUGAUGAACUGGGGUUCCAAGCUGCCCAUUUACAACCAGACGAAGCCUGGCUUCUUGGGUUCUUGGGGUUGA